AUGAAUGUUUCUCCAUUAGAUCUAAAAAUUUUUGGUUUCUACAAAGAAGUUGCAUUUUUUCCUACUAUUGGUCAAGGCACAAUAUAUAACUUAACGCACUUGCCAUCCCAGUCUUCAAUUGAUCGCGGCGAUAAUCCUAAUUGUCGCAAAUAUGAUAUUCUUGUCGCCUCUCUUCUUCCUUCGUUUGAGAAUUCAUCAUCAUCCCGUUGUUGCAACCUCUUCUCAUUUUCGACAGUUCAAGAUCGACUCGUUACGUUUACAAAACCGUUUGAUUUCAACUAUCUUCCAGUCGCUGACAUUGUUUGUAUCAACUCUUUCUACGAUGAAUACUCGAGAAAUUACGUUGUUUCGAUGGGUCUAGAAGAAGGAUCUUGUUACUUUAAUAUAUACUCCGAAGGGAAUUUAUCCUGCCUCCCGGAAAGUUUCCUGUUACCGAAUACCUCGGAAAUGCAAUGGGCUUGUCUCUUGUCAACGUCUGGACAGCUUAUGUCGGCACUUGAUUUAUCUCAAAAUUCUCCGUCUUGGAAACCUGUCCAACUCUAUACUAGGUUUCUGGAUUUUGUUCCUUCUGAGGGCAAAUCAAAGAGGCGAGGGCUUAAAUUUUACGCCAGUGAGACUCCACCAACCAGUUCUGGGGAUGAAGGUCAAAGCUGCAGAGUUACAGCUGAUCAAUCCACUAAAUCAAUUUUUGGUCUAAUCGAUUCUAACACAACUUGCAAGCUCUUUCCAGAGUUAGGAAAUCUUCCUUCAAAAGUAGUGACAUACAUGGAUUUCUUCUUAUUGGAAGAUGAUGAAACAAAAUAUCGAUUGUCAGCAUUUGGAACCCUGGACGGUUGGGUUGGUGUCGGAUUAGUUGACAUGGCCAAACCUGAAUUGAAGGCCUUCUACUCGGUCUCCCACGAAUCAAUGAUUACAAAGUUAAAAUUCUUCCGUCAGUUCAGUCAAGAUUCCACCACUUCACCAUCAGCUAUUUCCCUACUGGUCUGUUCUGGUCUCGAACCAGCUGUGGUUUAUCGGUGCCCAUUCGAUGAUAGUCGGGAGGGGAAGCUUUCGAUUGGAUCUCAACUUAUUCUGCCACAGAGUGCAGAUUUUGAUCAUGUCAAUUGUGCUUGUGUGACGGAUCUGGAUUUCGAUGGACAACCGGAGAUUGUGAUUGGUACUUUUGGCCAACGGCUUCUCUUCUACAAGUGGAUUAGUCAACCUGAUUCAGAAAACGGCGGAUCCUACUCUUUCAGCUGUUUAACUCGGAGUGUUGUUUCUCGAACCUCUACCAUAAUUACUAUGGAAAAGGUUAUGUUAAACUGCGAAAGCAAUGCCAUUUUCGAUCGCGAUAGCAAAUUGGAUUAG